GGCGUGAAAAACUCAUUCAUAUGGAGCAAACGGCUUUUUCUAUAUAUAUAACAUAGACAACCCUCCAUGAGUACAGGUAUUUCGUUCUCAUCCUUCGUCCUCGACAGAUCGUAACCGUGUGCGGUAGUUGUUUUUCGCAGCAAUUAAACGUGUUAUCGUUCAAAACUUACAUCCCAUAAUUCUUUGCGCGCCUUCGAUCGGUGUGAGAAACCGUUACAAACCGACCUUAUCUCGGAUCGGUGCCGUGUUCUUUUUCGUGAAUUGUGACUUCCAUUCCCAGUUGAAAGCCCUUGUGUGAUCGGUUGACCGGAAGAAGCAACCGAAAAUUUACAACUGCAACGACAAAUAAUAGUGAUUGAAGUGAACCGUGAAGUGUGACCAACUCCUGAUAAGGAAAUUGCAAACAAGAAUUGCCGUGUAGUGUCAGAAAAUCUGAUCGCAACGAUCAAUACAAUCAGUGCUCAGUGUCAAAGUUCUAAUCGUAGUGCUGUUUGUGGGAAAACGAACACUCGUUUUCCUUGCUGCAACCCGUAUCCGUCAACGGCCUCAACAUUUUCCUCAUCAAUUACAACAACAGCAGCAGAAUGCCCGGACGUCCAUUGUGGCAGGUUGCCGGCAAACGCGACAAAGACCAGGAACGCGAAGCGCAGCACUGGAUCGAAACGCUGCUCGGUGAGAAGUUCCCUGCCGAUCAGCUGUACGAGGAUUGCCUGCGCGACGGUAUUCGCUUGUGCCGCCUGAUGAACCGCCUCUCGCCGGGAAUCGUUCCGAAAAUUAACACCUCCGGUGGUGACUACAAAAUGAUGGACAACAUCAGCCAAUUCCAAAAGGCAUGCAUCAAAUAUGGCGUCGCCGAUGUGGACCUGUUCCAGACAACCGACUUGUGGGACAAGAAGAACAUCGCUCUGGUCACUACCACUAUCUUCGCCGUCGGUAGAGCGUGCUACCGCCAUCCGGAGUUCCGUGGACCGUACCUCGGCCCACGCCCAUCGGAGGAGAACCGUCGCGAGUUUACCGAAGAGCAAUUGCGCGCUGGCGAGGGUCUGAUCGGACUGCAGGCCGGCUCCAACAAGGGAGCCACGCAGGCUGGACUCAACUUUGGGGCCACUAGGAAAAUCCUGCUCGGAAAAUAGAGCAACCCUACAAUGAGAGGCGAUUCUUUUCUCCAUUUUUCCGCACCACCAAACAAAUUCGAGUGGAUUAAAUUAUUUAUUUAUUAACACCUUUCAACACUGUGCAUUGUAGCUAAUGAUCUUUUAGUGCAAGUGACUAAUUGUUUUUAACCUGAGUUUUGCUCUCGUUACAAGUUUUUGAGUUUAUUUAUUUUAUGGUAUCACUUUGAGAAGUAAUUAUUAACAAAAAAGUAUUUUAGUAAGGUCUGAAAAAUUCUGUGCAUGUUAUCUAUACGAUAAGAUUACAGGAGGCUGAUACAACCGGUAUUUGUUUUUGGUAUGAAUACUGCAGUUCGAAUAAAUAUAGUAUGCUUUACUAUGUUUCGAUAAAAUC